AUGAAUACUUCUUUCCUGUUACAAAUGGAAAGUACCAUUGAUUGGCUCCAACAAAAUGUCAGUUGGGCUCCAUUUUUUGAGGAUGAAAGUUGCAAUUACACCAGUCUGAAUGGAACCAAUGUCUCAAGUGCAGACUGGGAAGGAGCAGCAGGAAGAAUCAGGAAGUGGAUAGGGGGCAAUCCCCACAUCAUGGCAAAGAUUGUGCUGACUUUCGCAUAUGCAGUCAUCAUAAUGAUAUCCCUCUUUGGCAACUCCUUGGUAUGCCAAGUUUUUGUCAAGCACAAAGAAAUCAAGAAAUCAACAGGCCUUCUCAUCUUCAAUUUGGCAAUUUCUGACAUUUUGAUAAUCCUGCUCAACAGUCCAUUUGCUCUGGCUCGUUUCCUGACUGGACAGUGGGUAUUUGGUAGGAUUAUGUGUCAUGUCAGUCGUUUUGCUCAGUACUGCUCCCUCCACGUUUCAACUCUUACGCUGAUGGCAGUUGCCAUGGACCGGCACCGGGUAAUUCUGCACCCAAUGAAACCAAGGCUAACACACUCCCAGAGCUUAACGGUUGUUGCUGUGAUCUGGAGUAUUGCAGUGUUCCUUGCUCUUCCACAUGCAAUUUACCAAAAUCUGUUCACUUUCAUCGGCAUGGAUGGCACUACCAGGAGCUACUGCCUCCCUGCCUUUCCUGGACCGAGCCAGCAGGUUUCGAAGUAUGUGGACCUUGGGACAUUUGUAUUGCUGUACAUCCUGCCACUUAUGGUUAUUGUUGUAACCUAUUCUCACCUAGGAAAGAGGUUGUGGCUACAAAAUGCCAUUGGUGAUGCAUCUGCUCGUCAACUUAUGGCACACUACCAGAAGCGGAAGAAGAGCAUCAGGAUGCUGAUACUUAUUGUGUUGGUCUUUGCAGUUUGUUGGUUUCCACUUAAUUUCUAUGUGGUUCUUAUUUCCAAUGCAGGCGUAGAAAAUGAUAGUGUGCUUUUCUAUGGCUUUCACUGGUUUGCAAUGAGCAGCACCUGUUACAAUCCUUUCAUCUACUGCUGGCUCAACAGGAGCUUCCGUGCCAAACUAAGAUCUAUAUCAUCUUUCAGGAUGCAGUCUCUGUUUGUAUGUAGCAGGUCCCAGGUUCAGCAAAUCAAGCCAAAGGAGAGUCAUGAGCUUCGAGAACUCCGCACAUCUUCACUGCUGCGAGUUCCCCUGGCUGUUCCAGAGCCCCAGGUAUUUGAGGAUCCCAGUUUGGCUACAGGGGAUAAUUCCCAAGUUUCUGUUCAAGGGGAUUGGGAAGAUCCAGAUCCCUCCAUAGAUGAAGAGGCAGCAGCAGUAGCGGGGCCCUCAACCCAGGAUCCUUACUUUUGCAUUCACAUGCAGACUACCAGUCACUAA